AAUUCUAAAACCCUUUAUUUUCACAAUCACUGUCUCAUAGCUGUCACCUUCACACACACACACACACAAAACAAAAAAACAAUGGAAUCACUAUUGAAGUUGCAUCAUCCUCAUGCACACUUUGGUUCAAAACAAACCAAACCCAUUUCGCAUGUUGUUCCCAAGUCCACCUUUUUACCUCGUACACACCACACCUUUGUUCCACCAUCACCCAUUCGCACUGUUUCCUAUCGCCCUCUUCAAGUUCAUGCUAGCUCUUCUUCUGCUCCUUCUACCUUUCAUUUCAGACAUUCAGGUAAAAUAAGGGUUGAUGAAAGCAAGAGCCUGACGUUACCGAGCAUCAGACACUCUUUGAUUAGGCAGGAGGAUAGCAUUAUCUUCGGUCUUCUAGAGAGAGCUCAGUAUGCAUACAAUGGAGACACGUAUGACCAUGAUGCACUCGUUGCAGAUGGUUUUCGUGGCUCUUUGGUUGAGUACAUGGUUUGUGAAACGGAAAAGCUUCACGCUCAGGUGGGGAGAUAUAUGAGCCCAGAUGAGCAUGCUUUCUUCCCAGAGUACUUACCUGAACCACUGCUUCCACCGUUGAAGUACCCCCAGGUUCUCCAUCCCUGUGCCAAUUCAAUCAAUAUAAACAAGUUGAUUUGGGACAUGUAUUUUAAGGAUCUCCUGCCAAGAUUGGUAGAACCAGGAGAUGAUGGUAACUGUGGAUCAGCUGCUGUCUGUGACACUCUUUGCUUGCAGGCUCUCUCAAAGAGAAUCCACUAUGGGAAAUUUGUUGCUGAGGCAAAGUUUCUAGAAUACCAUGAAUUAUAUGAGCCUGCCAUUAAAGCCAAAGACGGGAAACGGCUGAUGCAGUUGUUGACGGAUGAAUCAGUGGAGGUAUUGGUGCAUGACAGAGUAGAAAAGAAAUCAAGAACAUUCGGUCAAGUGGUAGAGAUCAAUGGAAACGGUGAAGUAGUUGAUCCUGACUAUAAAAUCGAGCCAGGCUUGAUUGGCAAUCUUUAUGUAGAUUGGAUAAUGCCUCUCACAAAGCAAGUGCAGGUGGAAUACUUGUUGAGAAGACUUGAUUAGUAGAAGAAUAUGGCCUAAGUUUUUAGUCAUGCAAACAUGGUUAUCUUUUUGGUUUUCAAUUCUUAGUACUUGAUGCUAGAUUACUCAGGAACUCUAGGCUAAGGAAAGAUUUUCAGUUAUUUCUUGUGGAGGAGAAUAAUGAAGGAUGUUUGUAUGAUUUUUUUCCCUCAAUAAAUGUAACAUUUUGCUA